AUGCACGUGCUGGUGCACGUCCCUGGCCCUCGUCGCGACAGCUCGAAAGAGUGGCGUGACAAGUUCCUUGCCAGACAAUUCGCGCACCACCAAUUGCCGUCUAUCGAGUCGCUCGGUGACUUUGUUGCUCAAGCUCUGCCCGAGAAGAUCCGGGUCUGUUCACAGUAUCUUUGGAGUUGGUGUCAGCUUUUCAGCCCGCAACUUCAGGAGAAACUUUUUGUAGUCGACAACGCGGCUCCAUGCGAGGCGUUUACACUCAACGUGCUAAGUCGUCUGGUCAAAUUGCCCCAAUGCGGCGAUACAGCGUGCGCUUUUCAUUCGUUUUGGGACUCAAUGUUUCACGACGUGCUGGAUUUCGUGCUUCCACAAGCAAGCGCAAUCCGCGACUCCGGCAACGAAUCACCUGACUUUUUGUUAAUCUUCAACGACGUUUAUGUGUUUCGUGGUGAAGAGCAAGCGUUUGGUGUUGACCUCGGCUUGCCGGGUAAUGAACUUACGGAAAAGCUGGUGUGGAACUAUGGCAACAUUCCGUAUUGGCUUGGAUACGCUGCUUCGGGCUACAGAUUCAAUUUGGAGAGCGUGGAAGAGCGUUUUCGAAUGGUACUCGCCCUUUUGAACUUGUCGCUACUUUUCCCCGGUAUCGCGGAAGCUCCAGACCAGGAUGACGACGUCAAGACAAUUCACCGCCCAAGUGGUGGUGUUGUGCGACUUUACCCAGCAUUCGUUACAAAAUAUUAUCCUGUUGGCGCCAUCCUGUAUCAUCUAGCACGCGUGUACGGCGCUCUGCUGGAAGGUGACGUGCCCAAUGUCGAUCAUCUUACGAAGCUGGAUUUCAAACUGAAUGUUGCAACCUUCGAGCCUUGUGGAGAGAUCGCCGCAUCACCUCCUCGUGAUUUGCCCACGCUGUUCGCGGUUUUGAAGGAUGUUCUUCAAGCGCUUGUGGCUCUGCAUCGUGUGGGGUGGAUCCAUCGCGAUAUUCGCUGGCCGAACGUAGCGCGAUCCCCCCACGCGUCUUCGAGCCGCGAUCACCUACGCGUAGAAGAACACUCCCCUGAAAUGUUUGUUGAUGGUAUGCUUCACACGACGGCUGUCGAUAUCUGGGCAGUGGGCUAUUUGAUCGAUUGUAGUGACAUUGGAUGGGAUACUGACUCCAAAAGAUCUGCGUUCCGUGAGUCGUUGAUGCACCAAGACCCGGAAGCGCGACCCAGCGCAGAGCAACCAUUGCGUGAGCUGACGGAGUUUCAACAAGAAGCGUUACCUGCGGAAGCCGACCAAGACCAAUCUUGGUUGGGCAAGCGAAAGCACUCAUAA